AACCCCUAUUUUACUCCGAUUCCUCUUUCUGCUGCAACUGCAACUGCAACUGCAGCUGCAACCUUUCUUCUUCUUCGAACAUGGCGACGCCGUCACAUGCUCAAGCUGUCAAGUCUCUCAACAAAUCCCCUGGCCGCCGCCGCUUUGUCUUUAAGUCAUUCUCUGAGAGAGUAGAUGAGAUUGAUAUCAAUGUGUAUCGAAGUCUUGAGAAGGUCAAAGCUGAGCCAUCUGAGGGUUCCUCUUUUUUCAGAGACUGCCUUAUAGAAUGGAGGGAAUUGAACACUGCAGAGGAUUUCAUCUCAUUGUAUGAAGAAAUUAUGCCUUAUACACAAACAUUGCCCCUGGUGCUGUUGCACAAGGAAUCUUUAAUCUCAAAACUUCUUUCUAGGUUGCAGAUAAAAUCAAGGCUAUCCCUUGAACCGAUUCUUAGGUUAAUUGCAGCCUUAUCUCGAGAUAUCCUGGAGGAAUUUGUUCCGCUAUUGCCAAGAAUUGUUGACUCUUUAGUAUCUCUUCUAGAAACUGGUGGUGAUAGGGAGCCAGAUAUCAUUGAGCAGAUAUUCACGUCUUGGUCGUAUAUUAUGAUGUAUCUGCAGAAAUAUCUAAUACACAACCCUGCAGAGGUGCUCAAGGUCACGUCAAAAUUGAGGUAUUAUCCAAAGGAAUAUGUCCAACAAUUCAUGGCUGAGGCGAUGUCUUUUGUUCUGAGAAAUGCACCAGAUGAGCAGCUCAAAAGAGGAAUUAGAAGAGUCAUUGCUGAUGCUGUGAAGAAGCCGUCUACUUACAGAGAAUCAGGUGUUGAUGCGUUGCUUUAUAAUAUUAUGAAAGGUUACUCGUCGAGGUUCCAUUCAAAAGCAGAGCGAGUGUUACAAUUAUUGACAAGUGAAGCUAUUUAUCCCAUUGGUGAUAAAGCUGGCCAAGGCAAGCUUUCAAGGAUCAUUUUGAAAAUUAUAAAAUCUGUCUUUAAGAAAUUAUGCGAGAAGAUGGAGGCCAAUGAGUUGAAUUUGGUAUGGAGUUGCUUAUAUAAGGAAGUAAGUGAAUGUAUUACUGCUGGGAACAUCAGGCAUUUAAGACACAUUUUAUCAAUGCUUGUUGCAUCUGUAAAGGUGCAAAACGGGCAAAAGGUGUCUGAUUAUAAGCCCAUGCUUGAACUUGUCAUGCUGCUUGUGCGGACAUUUAUCACACCUUCUGGAGUUGUUGAGUCAGAAGAAGAUGUAUAUAUAGUUGUUGAUAAAAUUUUGAAAUUAAUGUUGGCCAUUCUUGAUGGGCUCUGUAGUUACAGUAAGUCAAUGAUAUCGGUAUGUGCUGUCCAGUGGGGUCCAAUUUUUAAGUCACGAAACUCAAGUUUGCUGUGUUUUGUUAGAGAACUGCUGCAGAAGGAACUUUGUUUACUUGCUUUCCGAAGUAAUGUUAUAAGUGCAAUAAAUGAUUUAAUGGAGAUUUCAGUGGAAGAGGUCAUACAUUUGUUACAAUCCUUCUGUGAGAAAAUGCAAUCGGAUAUUCAAAACCCGGACUUUGUUGACGGAACAAGUGCAGAAGCACUAGCUAGGAUAUGCAAUCAUUUGCAAAGGACUAUCUGUUAUUGGAUUGGAACAAUAAACGAUAUUGCACAUUCUGAAGUUUCAUGUCAAAUUGAUGAAGGAAAGUUGGCACUGCUGUGGGGAGUUGUGAGCUGCUAUUCUCAUAUGUCUAUUGUCGAGGCCAAUCCAUCCUUGUUGGUAGAUCUCUUGGAUGCUGUAGAUAAGCUUCUGACUGUUAAAGCUGGUUACAUUGCAGAUAGUUCUAAAAAAGCCUGGGAAAGUAUUAUAGGUGUUGCACUAUGUUCUUAUAACAGACUGUGUAGUGACAGUAACCGUGGAACUGAUGAAACUGGAAGGUUUUUAAGUCUUGCAAAACGAUAUAAUUCAUCUUCACAAGUUUUGUUGGCUGUUGCUGAUUAUUUGGAAAGCAAGUAUGGUUCUUCUUUAGAAGACACCGGGGGUAGAAUAUAUCAUCCAGAACUUGAAGAAAGGACUGCAGGUGCUGUGGCUAAAUUUGCUGAUAAUUUGCGCCAUUCAAACAAGGAGACUCGCAUUUCAACUCUUAAAAUACUCUCUCACUAUAAACUUUGUGAUGAGGAAAAUUCUUUAGUGGAUCAACCAGCUGAGAAGAAAAGGAAAACUGAAGUUUCUCCAACUUCCAAUGUGGACUGCACGGGAAAUAAUGCUCUGCUGUUGCUCCUCUCUAUUGAAACAACUCCAAUUUCGAUUUCUACAAGCAGAAGCAUUCAGAGAUUGAUUUCUAAGAUACAGAUGGACCUGUCUGCUGGAAGGAUUCCUAAUGUUUAUGUGCCUCUUGUUUUGAAUGGAUUGUUUGGCAUCUUGAAUAAUCGAUUUAGCUACCUCUGGAGUCCUGUAUUAGAAUGUAUUGCUGUCUUGGUUAGCUUACAUUUUUUACUUGUAUGGGAUAGCCUUAUCAAUUAUCUGGAUAGCCUGUAUCAGGCAAUAUUGGGGACCUCUUGCAACUUGCAUGGUAGUGACAAUGGUGCAUUGCCUGAUCAGCGGACUGGUCUACUUGAUUCUUUCAAACAGUUUGUCCAUCAUACAUCUGAUAGCAUGCCAUCUGUCACAAUAUCAGCACUAUUGCUGCAAGCUUUACAAAAAAUUCCAAAUGUUAUCGAACCUCGCUCUCGGGAAUUCGUUCCUCUAUUCUUACAAUUUUUAGGAUACAACACUCAUGAUCUUGUGAGUGUGGGAUUGUUUGAUUCUCAUGCUUGUAAAGGGAAAGAGUGGAAGGCUAUUUUGAAAGAAUGGUUAAACUUGUUGAAGCUGAUGAAAAAUCCCAAGUCUUUUUACCGCAGUCAAUUUCUCAAGGAGGUUUUGCAGAAUAGGCUUCUAGAAGAAAUUGAUCCUGAAAUACAGAUGAGAGUUCUGGAUUGCCUGUUAAUCUGGAAAGAUGAUUACUUAAUACCUUAUACUGAACAUCUGAGAAAUUUGAUCAGUUCCAAAAAUUUACGGGAGGAACUAACAACAUGGAGUUUAUCCAGAGAAUCUGGAAUCAUUGAAGAAUGUCACCGACCUUAUCUUGUGCCAUCUGCAAUCCGUCUUUUGAUGCCAAAAGUAAGAAAGCUGAAAGGACUUGCGUCUCGAAAGAAAGCAAGUAUUUGUCAUCGGAAAGCUGUUCUGAGUUUCAUAGCUGGACUUGAUGUCGUUGAGCUGCCACUUUUCUUUGCAUUACUGAUAAAGCCAUUGCAAAUAGUGAAGAAAAUUGAUGGGCCUGCUAACUUGUUUUGGACUUUACCUAACGGUUCCAUUAGUGAAUUUCAAACAUCAUCUUUGUUAGAAUAUUUUACUUUGGACAAUAUAGAAACCCUGUCCUGGAAAAAGAAGUAUGGUUUUUUGCAUGUCAUUGAAGACAUUGUUGGAGUUUUUGAUGAAUUGCAUGUUCGACCUUUUCUUGGUCUACUGGUGGGUUGUGUCGUUCGGGUGUUGGAGAGCUGCACUUCAAGUCUUGACAAUGCAACAUUGAAUGGGCUUCCUUCAGAUCAAAGCAAUUCUAGUGCCAACUCAAAUUCCUUCGGGAAGGACAGUGUUCCAGCAAAUAAAAUGCUGACCGGCAAUACAUUGAAGCAGCUCAAGGAUAUGAGAUCUUUGUGCCUGAAAAUUGUUUCCCUUGUUCUCAAUAAAUAUGAAGAUCAUGAAUUUGGUUGUGAUUUGUGGGACAGAUUCUUUUCGUCAGUAAAACCACUGAUUGACAAAUUCAAACAGGAGGCUGCUAAUAGUGAGAAACCAAGUUCACUGUUGUCUUGCUUUCUGGCCAUGAGUGCAAACCAUAAACUUGUAGCACUAUUAUGCAAGAAAGAGAGUCUUGUACCUGAUAUAUUUUCAAUUAUCUCUGUCAAGUCAGCUUCCGAAGCUGUUAUAUAUAGUGUUCUAAAGUUUGUGGAGAACUUGUUAAGCCUUGACAAUCAGUUGGAUAAUGAAGACAGUUCUGCCCAGAGAGUUUUACUUUCAAACGUUGAAGUACUUAUGAACAGCAUGUGUUGUUUAUUUAGAAGCAAUAAUGCAGCCAAGAGAAAGCUGAUCAAAUCUCCUGGGGAGUCAGUGAGAAGAAUUUUCAAAUUUUUGCCCAAGUACAUCAAGGAGGCAGAGUUGGCAAAGAAAUUUGUGGACAUAUUGCUUCUGUUUAUGGAAAAGAAAACCCAAAGUUCUGAUGUUUAUGUUGAAGCUUUGCAAAUAAUUCAAAACAUCAUACCAUUAUUAGAACAUGGAAGUACCACUGAAAUUCUCAGUGCUGUUUCUCCUCUAUAUAUUUUGGCUGAUUUGGAUAUGCGAUUAAAGAUCUGUGAUCUUCUUGAUGCUCUUGUAGCAUCUGAUGCAUCUUUACUCUCGGUGGCAAAACUGCUUCGUCAGCUGAAUGCAACAUCUACUUUGGGUUGGCCUGAUCAUGAUGCUAUUUUGAAUGCUUACAGCAUCAUUAAUACUGAUUUCUUCAGAAGCAUUCGAGUGGAACAUGCAUUGCUUAUUUUAUCGCAUUGUGUUCAUGACAUGUCAUCAGAAGAAACGACUUUUAUGUGUAGCGCUUAUAGUUCAUUGCUAUCUUUUGUUGAUUUUUCUGCACUCAUCCUUUACCAAGAAAGAAACAGUGAACAAGAGUUGUCCAUGAUGAAAAACACUGAUGGUGGUUGGACAAUAUCAUGCAUCCAGCGCAUAGCGAAGAAAUUUCUCUUGAAGCAUAUGGCAGAUGCAAUGGAUGGAUCACUUUCUGUUAGAAAGGGAUGGAUAAAAUUGUUACAUCAAAUGGUGUUGAAGCUUCCGGAAGUGUUAAACCUUAAAUCACUUAUGGUCCUGUUCAAUGAGGAUGGUGAAGUGACUUUCUUUGAUAAUUUAACUGACUCAGUGGUAUUACAUUUGGUGUUGCAGAUCCGUAAGAGAGUGAAGGCAUUGUCAUGGUUUAGGAAUGUUAUCAGUAUGAACAAGUUAUCAGAGUUCAUCACUGAGAAAGUGUUCAUGCGACUCUUCUUCAACAUGUUGUUUGAUGAGAAAGAAGUAAAGGCAGAACAUAUGAAAAAUGCAUGCAUAGAGACUAUUGCUUCUGUAGCUGGUCAGAUGGGAUGGAAGUCAUACUAUGGAUUAUUGAUCAGAUGUUUUCGGGGAACGACCAGUAGUCCAGACAAGCAGAAACUCUUUAUACGCCUGAUUUGCUCUAUUUUGGAUAAAUUUCACUUUUCUGAACUUUCUUACACUAAAGAACCUAAGGAAUCUUUGGGUGGUGUUUCUGGUAUAGGAAUAACGGACAUUGUUUCUUCUGCUAUCUUAGGCAACUUCGGUACUUCUGAUGUGAACACAGAGAUACAAAAUUGCCUCUAUAAAAUUGUGCUUCCGAAGAUACAAAAGCUGCUGGAUUCUGAUUCAGAAAGGGUUAAUGUAAAUAUCAGUCUUGCUGCACUGAAACUACUCAAGUUACUUCCGGGAGAUGUAAUGGACUUGUAUCUUCCAACUAUUGUUCAUCGUAUUUCAAACUUCUUAAAGAGUCAUUUAGAAAGCAUCCGUGAUGAAGCUAGGUCAGCAUUGGCUACUUGUUUGAAGGAACUUGGACUGGAAUACUUGCAAUUCAUUCUCAAGGUUUUGCAAUCUACCUUAAAGCGAGGAUAUGAGCUUCAUGUCUUAGGAUAUACACUUAAUUUUAUUUUGUCUAAGUGUCUUUCGAAUCCAGUUACUGGAAAGAUAGAUUAUUGCUUGGGGGAUCUCCUUUCUGUGAUAGAGAAUGACAUUCUUGGAGAUGUUGCUGAGCAAAAGGAGGUGGAAAAGAUAGCUGCUAAAAUGAAAGAAACAAAGAGGAAGAAGUCAUUUGAAAGUUUGAAAUUGGUUGCCCAAAGCAUAACAUUCAAAAGCUAUGCGCUAAAGCUCCUUGCACCAGUGAUGUCUCAUUUGCAGAAGCAUGUGACACCAAAUGUAAAAGGAAAAUUGGAAAACAUGUUGCAUCAUAUAGCUGCUGGCAUUGAAAGCAAUCCAUCUGUAGAUCAGACUGAUCUCUUUAUCUUUAUUUAUGGCAUUAUUGAAGAUGGCUUUAAAGAUGAAAAUGGUUGGUAUGAGAAUAAAACGAUAAAAUUGGAAGACAAGGAUAGCCGCAUCAAUGCGAAAAAAAUUUCUACAGGCCGUGUAGUUGCUAGUGGCUUAUUGUGUUCUCACCUUGUUACAGUGUUUGGUCUCAGAAUAUUACAUAAACGUAUGAAGGGUAUGAAACAGGAUGCAAAAGAUGAAAAUACUCUAUCCUUAUUAGAUCCUUUUGUCAAGCUAUUAAGUGAUGGCUUGUGCUCUAAGUAUGAGGAUAUCUUGUCUGCUUCCCUUGGAUGCCUUACUAUACUGGUAAAGUUGCCCUUACCAUCCCUUCAAUUACAUGCUGAGAGAGUAAAGGCUGCUCUAUUGGAUAUUGCCCAGAGUUCGAUGAACUCUAACAGUCCUUUAAUGCAGUCAUGCUUGACAUUGCUGACUGUGCUUUUGAGGAACACCAAAAUUUCUCUUACCUCAGAUCAAAUACAUCUACUAAUUCAGCUUCCUAUAUUUCUUGAUCUCGAAAGGAAUCCAUCUUUGGUGGCCCUAUCACUUCUAAAGGGUAUUGUCAGCCGAAAGCUGGUUGUACCGGAGAUAUAUGACCUUGUUACUCAUGUUGCUGAAUUGAUGGUGACAAGUCAAAUGGAAUCAAUUCGCAAGAAAUGCAGUAAAAUUUUGUUGCAAUUUUUGCUUGAUUAUCAACUUUCCGAAAAGCGCUUGCAGCAACAUCUGGAUUUCCUGCUCUCAAAUUUGAGGUAUGAGCAUUCAACUGGACGGGAAUCUGUUCUCGAAAUGAUAUAUGUUAUUAUUGUCAAAUUUCCAAAAAGUGUUUUGGAUGAGCAAUCACAGACAUUAUUUGUCCAUUUGGUAGCUUGCUUGGCCAAUGAUAAUGAUAAUAAUGUUCGGUCUAUGAGUGGGGCUGCUAUAAAGAAGCUCAUUGGUUCUGUUAGUCCAAAUUCACUUAAUUCCAUUCUUGAGUGUGCUCUUUCUUGGUAUUUGGGUGGCAAGAAGCAACUAUGGGCUGCUGCAGCACAGGUUUUGGGGCUGCUGAUUGAGGUGAUGAAGAAAGGAUUUAAUAAACAUAUACAUUCUAUCUUGCCUGUAACUUAUCACAUCUUGCAGUCAACCAUAGAUGCAAUGACGGACAGGCAAGUGGGCUUUUCAGCUGAAUCUAUUGUUCCCCUUUGGAAGGAGGCAUACUAUUCUCUUGUUAUGUUGGAAAAGAUGAUUCAUCAGUUCUACGAUUUAUGCUUUUCAAAGGAUCUUGAGGAUAUAUGGGAAGCAAUAUGUGAGAUGCUGUUGCACCCGCACUCAUGGAUACGCAACAGAUCAGUUCGCCUAGUAGAACUAUACUUUUCACAUGUAACAGAUGCUAGCAGAGAAAAUCAUAAUAGCUCCUUAAGAAGUUAUUUUAUUAUGAGUCCAAGUAGACUGUUUCUGAUAGCUACUUCCCUCUGCUGCCAACUGAAAAUGCCACUCGUAGAUGAUGCUGACAGCAACCUGAUGACCCAGAACAUUGUCUUUGCCAUUUGUGGUGUCCAUUCUUUAAUGGGGCACAUUGCAUGCAUAGAUCCCCCUGCAUUCUGGUCUACUCUUGAGCAACACGAGAAGGACCGGUUUCUUAAAGCUUUUGACUUGCUUGAUUCAAGAAAAGGAAGAAACAUGUUCAUGUCCCCGUCUCUUACCCCUUCUGUAUAUGAAGACAACAAUCAGCUGAAUGUUUAUAACACCCAAUAUGUACUUGUCUCGUUAUUGCUCAGGAAAAUGGGGAAAAUUGCCCUUCAAAUGGAUGCUAUCCAGAUGGGAAUAGUCUUCAACAGUUUCCGGAAUAUUAUGUCACAGAUUAGUCAGGAUGACUGCCUGCGCUAUGCACACGUGGUCCUGUUACCUCUGUAUAAAGUUUGUGAAGGAUUUGCUGGAAAAGUUGUAACUGAUAAUCUCAAAAAGUUAGCUGAAGACACCAGUGGAAAAGUAGAGAAUAUUUUGGGUACUCAGAACUUUGUGGAAGUUUACAACCUUAUCAGGAAGAACCGUAAGUUGAAAAGAAAUAAGAGGAAACAAGAAGAAAAGCUCAUGGCUGUUAUCAAUCCUAUGCGAAACGCCAAGCGGAAGUUGAGAAUUACUGCCAAGCAUCGUGCCAACAAGAAGAGAAAGAUUAUGACAAUAAAAAUGGGGAGAUGGAUGAAUUAGGGAGUGGUGUGGGGAGAAAGUUCCUUACAUAUGCAUCCAGUUUGGCAUUACGAGUGUUCCUCUGCAAGUUUUUCGUAUAACCACCCAUCUUACCAGGAACCAAGAUACUCCGGUAGACAUUCUCUUGAUGAUGUCUGCUAAAAAUUAAAUGUGAGGGAUGCCACCUUAUAAAGGUUCCUUGUACGCAGUGCUUUCAGGUAUAAUGAAGCCGUGUCAUUGUCACCUGCUUGUUUGAAGAAAAAAUGUGGGUUUGGAGUUUGGAGCGGUCCUGAUUAAAUUGGCAUAUAUAUAUGUCUUCAGGAGGCAGAGAAUAGGCAUGGCUGGAACGACAAGUUUGGAAUUUUCUUGAUAAAUUUGGAGUAUCACAUUCAUGACAGGUGGUAACGAACUUAUUUUGAAGGAGACAGUAAAGGCCAUUUACAGUUAUAGCAUUUAGUUAUGGGUCAGCCUGCUGAUCCUUGCACUUCACUUUUAUGCGUCCAUAAGCUGAGGAAGAUUUCUGAAGUAUCAAUGAUUAGUGAGACUUAUUUCUGAAGAUUGUCAAGUAUAUCCAUGUUUUUAUUGUAUGUACAUACAUGGGAUAAAAAUAAAUACGGGAAGUACAACGUUAGGGAGAAUAUUAUUUGGCUUUUGUUGUUCGUUUCUUCCAUUUUUUUGCUUUCUACCCUGACGUCAGCCUUUCCAUAAAUUUCUUAUAGAUAUGAUCAGCAUUCCAAUUUGUUGUUUUUUUUUUGAAAAUAAACGUUCUGUUUUUCAUAGUGUAUUUAGUUUUUCACGGCAACGUUAAAUGC